AUGGCAAAGGAGGCAGAGAAGAGACAGCUGGGAGAGACGCUGAUGCAUGCUGGGAACUCAGAGAGAUACGUGCACACCUUCAGGGAUCUGUCCAACUUCUCCGGGACCAUCAACGUGACGUAUCGCUACCUCGCAGGAAUCCCUCUGCCUCGCAAAAAGUAUCUCACCAUCGGUUUGUCGUCUGUGAAGAGGAAAAAGGGAAACUACCUCCUGGAGACGAUCAAAUCCAUCUUCGAUCAGUCCAGCUACGAGGAGCUGAAAGAGAUCGUGGUGGUGGUCCACCUGGCAGACUUCGACCUGGCCUGGUGUGAGAACCUGGUGCAGGAGAUCACCAGGAAGUUUGCACACCACAUCAUAGCGGGACGCCUGCUGGUGAUCCAGGCCCCGGAGGAGUACUACCCCUCUCUGGACGGGCUGAAGAGGAACUACAACGACCCGGAGGACCGCGUCCGGUUCCGCUCCAAGCAGAACGUGGACUACGCUUUCCUCCUCAACUUCUGCACCAACCUGUCUCACUUCUACAUGAUGCUGGAGGACGACGUGCGCUGCUCCAGGAACUUCCUGACGGGGCUGAAGAAGGUGAUCACCUCCAGAGAAGGGUCCUACUGGGUGAUGCUGGAGUUCUCCAAGCUGGGCUACAUCGGGAAGCUGUACCACUCCAGAGACCUGCCCCGCCUGGCUCACUUCCUGCUCAUGUUCUACCAGGAGAUGCCCUGCGACUGGCUGCUCAUCCACUUCAGGGGUCUGCUGGCCCAGAAGGACGUGAUCCGCUUCAAGCCCUCGCUGUUCCAGCACAUGGGCUACUACUCGUCCUACAAAGGAGCGGAGAACAAGCUGAAGGACGACGACUUUGAGGAAGACUCCAUCGACAUUCCUGACAACCCUCCUGCCAGCCUUUACACAAACAUCAACGUGUUUGAGAACUACGACGCCACCAAGGCUUACAGCACUGUGGACGAGUACUUCUGGGGGAAGCCUCCGUGCACGGGGGAUUUCUUUGUCAUAGUCUUUAAUAAAUCUACCAAAAUUAGUAAAAUCAAGAUUGUCACUGGUUCUGAUGACCGUCAAAAUGACAUUCUCCACCACGGAGCGCUGGAGGUAGGAGAGAAACUAGUAGGAACUAAAAAAGGGAAACAGUGUUCCUCUUAUAUCACAUUGGGGGAGUUUAAAAAUGGCAACAUUGAGGUUCAAGACGUAGACCACAAAAUUGCCUUUGACAUUGAGUGUGUUCGUAUUGUGGUGACAGCCAGUCAGAAAGAAUGGCUCAUUAUUAGAAGUAUAAGUUUAUGGACUACACAACCCCCCAGCCAAUAAGGACUGUACACAAAGACUCUUAGUAUCUCAUAGAGGUAAAUGUUUUUGUUAUUAUUAUUUACUAAUUUAUGUAUUUCCAGGUUUAUUUAUUAAUUUUGUAUGUAUUUAUUGAUACUCAUUUUGAUUGCAAAUCACUAUAGUUUUUUAUACCUGCAAGUUGUUAUCUUAGUGGAGCAUCUUCCCAGUCAGGACUGUUCAGCUGACCUCAGAGUAUUCAUGAACGUGUUUACUUAUUUCAGAUUUUGAUAGCCUUGUUAAAUAUAGGGCUGGGCGAUAAUUCAGGGGUGUGUUUGACCAACUUUAAGGGAUAUCAUAUCCAUAAAAUGUAAUAUUCUUCUGUACAAAUCCAGUGAAUCCAACAAUGAGUUCAUUACUCAGAAGUACCUCCCUAGUCUAAAGUUGGAUAUAUCUUAUUCCUCUGUGCCAUAGAGCUCCAUUGUUUUCGAAAAGCCAUUAAAGUCAUUGAGCCAUACUGUUUCAUUGGAUGGCAUGUUGCAGUACUUCAUUACAAUAAACUUGGGCACUGUAGUUCAUUUCGAGUCAAUCCCUCUUACACCGUCCUGCUGCUGUAAAUACUCACUAGAGCACCAAACGUGUAAUAAUCCACAGCUGAAAAUUGUUUUUAAAGAUUUAUGUUUUCAGUAGGAAUAAAGGAGGUCGGGGCUGAGGUCCAUAUGCAGGGUAGGAAAGUCAAAAACUACUGUAAGAUACAUUACAUGUCACUUGUUAGAUGCUUUUAUCCAAAGCCACUU